AUGGUGGUGUGCACUAGAUCGUCUUUAAUCCCCAGCGCACCACGUGAGUUAAUCUCGACCGUGAUGCAAGUAACGAUCAGUCCCGGCUGUCUUCCACAGUUCCGUGACAGUCUCCGUGCCGGAGCAAUGUUUUCCGUGGCUGGAUUUGAGGUCUCUAGAAUCCAGCGGUUCGAGUUUGUGUGGGUGGUGAAUGUAAAAGUUAAAGCUGUAACAGAAACGAUGCUUCAUCUCACGCUGGAGCUCAUUGGGGUUGGGAAGAAGAAGCUUUAUGAAGCAAAAGUGUGGGUGAAGCCAAGGUUGAACUUCAAGGAGUUCAAGCAUGCCGGUGAUGAUGCCCAUGCCAUUACUCCCUCCUAUCUUGGCUGCAAAUAA